AGAGCUAUUUAGUGAACUCUGUAUAUCCUCAUUUCCCAUUAGGAAGAAUGGGACACAACAAAAAGUGAUGCUCAAAUCUUACUUGGACUGCUUAUAACAACAUGCAAGAGGUUAAAGCCAAGUGUGAAGGUUAAUUUUGUUCAGAAACAGGCAAGGAAAACACAUGGAAAAUGAGAGAAAAAGUAAAUCUUCCAACAUCCUCCUAUUUUCCUUUAGCUGUGAAUGAACUACUAGGCUAUCUAUCAGUGCUCCCUAACAUUGCCAUCUGAAAGGGCUAAGUUAAGUUCAGGAUCAUAUUAACGUUCAAAUUGUAGUUUAUGGAUGAGAUUAUUUAGAAUAGGCUGCUCUGUUUAUGUUGCGGAAAUCCUGUAAACACCCCCCCCAGUCACGUCACAUGGUAGCACAUGCAGAUGGGUGACAUUACAACUGAAGUGGCGAAACUUUGAAUAUUGUCAGUUACAUGAUUCUUCACAUGUAAAUAUUAGUCACUGCUGGCUGGUAACUGGUAGUUUUUAAUUAGGUUCGUAGAUAAACGUUGCUUUCUUCCCAACUUGUUUUAAAUGGUUGACUAAUGUUAAAUUGGUUAGCAUGUUUGGUUCAGUUGCCAAAGUUGACAUGCUUGCUAGCUUUUUUUUUUUUAACCUGCAAAGGUUUAAGGUUUGUGAUUCAACUCUGGCUAGGAUGGUUUCAGAUGUGCUGGGCAUUGGUGGGAGCGUUAGAUAAUAAUGAAUGGGAAGCUGGGGUCAAAACAAUGAAUGGUAGCACAACUCUGUUAAUCAAACACUGGCUAAAUACUGGCUGAUGGUAUUUUUUUUUUUACUUUGCAAGCAUUGUCUCUUCACAUGCAAUGCCGCAUUGUUAAGAUAAAAUGGACCAUAACAUGACAUAAAAUGUGUAACUUUUGUAGCGGUGGCUCACAGUGGGUGUGAUUAGCCUCGUUAGAGACUCCACUUAAUAUUACUAGUAAAGGGGCUAAAGUAUGGUGUGAUAAACUGAUAAGUCAGUGGCAGUUAAUAAUUCUAGCAAACUUGACUACACUUUGAAUCGUAACGUACAUUUAGGCAUGUAAAGUUCAGUCUAGAUUUGUCAGUAGGCAAAAUUCAAGAUGAGACCAACCUUUUCUCUGGAAGUCAGUUUUUGAGCCACGACAAAGGCCAAAAUAUGGCCUGUAACAGACUAGUAAGUCGUGUCAAAGAUGAGGAUUGCCGGAAAUGCCUUUUGAUAUGUUGUAACGUAUAUCGUAAAACGGCGAAUACUGCUGAAAAGACGAAAGUCUAAGCUUUCUGAUUGGCUCAAUCAAUAAAACAGGUUUUUAAAAAAAUGUGAAUCACCACAACCACAAGUGGUCCUUGAGCAUACAGUCAUAAAUGUGCACAAAAAAUAUUAGGCUGAUGGGAUCCAGUAGUAUGCGAGAUUAGCUGCAGACAGAUACACACACACACACACGCACGCACACACACACGUUACCAAACCUAUGAUCCCCUAUGAGAUAUUAACAAUAUUAAAACAGAGCAUUAAAACAAUGCAAGAAAAAAAAAACAGUAAGAGGAGAUAGUGAAGUAGUGAUAAACAUCUAAAAGUUAUGCCCGUAUACUGAAAUAUUUCUAUAACACCUGUCUUCUAGCCAUAGACUACACGUCUUUUAAAUCGGACUUCCACAGAGAGGAACACAUUAGUGUAUGGCGCGAUCCCUGUCAUACCAGCUAGAUCAUCACUGAAAAUGUCCUGGAAAAUGAUCUCUAGAAAAGAGUGGGAAAGAGUGGUUAAUAUACUGAUUGACAGCAAGAUCAAUCGCUUCAUUUGCAAACCUCACUUAAACUGAGCGGCCGCCCGCUGGGACUGAUAAGGUUAAAGCAGGUUUGCAUCUUCAUGGAUCUUACACAGUAUGUGGAGUGAAAUUGAAAUGUAAUUGAGCUGAUUGACUAAAACCAUUUUAUUUGAAUGUGCAGUUUGAUCAAAUGGCAGCAAAACAGCAGGAAACCCACUAAUGUCAGAUUAAAUAUGUAGAGCUUUAUCUGUUCAGCGCUUGACAGUUGAGUUGUAAUACACUGACAGGUAUCAGCUGAACUACUGAUAUCAGUUUAAUCUCUGUUUCAGGCUCUUUGAUCCCACUCUACAUGAUCACCCUUAGAAAACAAGACUAAGGCUUUGUUCCAAAUCCAUACUACAUACCUGUUCUAUACACUAUCUACACUUGAUUGAUACACUUGUUUUAGCAGUUAGUAUACAAAAAUAUCAACACACUUUACCAUUUUAUUCUAACAGGAAAUAACAGUAUAUGUGAUGUUGGCUGUAAAUCAAACUAACUUUAGAAAGCCACUGUCAAUUAAACUUCACAUAGAAAACAAAAAAAUAAGGCCCCCCAAGGACCACAUCAUCUGGUCCCUCUGCUGCUUUGUCUACUCAAACCCCUGCUGCCUCGGACUGGCAGCUCUCAUCUUCUCUAUCAAGGUUUAUCUUUUAAAUGUGACAGCUGAGGAAAAUUUAAAGGACUGUUUCAUGGACAGAAUGUACAAACUCUUCAGGAUUUUUUUUUUUAAAGAAAGCAAAAGUCAUGUACUGUAUGUCAUUUGCCAAAGCCACAGCCAACAAAAGUGUACUGUGUUUGCUUUUGCCUCAUUGGCUUUUGGUGGAAAAAAACAGACAUGUGCUAACCCCAACACACUUCUAAAAGGAAAUCAACACUCUGUGACACUUGAGUUCUUGCGCACCUUCCUGCAGCCCACACUCCAAACUACAGUUGAGCUGACAGCGAUGAAGCCUGUUGAUCACCCGGCUGAGGCUGUUCCAUUGCACGGGAGGUAUAAUGAGCUCUCAGUACAGCCUGGAGGAUCUACAGGGGCUCAGUACACCACUGUGAACAUCCCCACUGAGCCCCCCAAGGACCACAUCAUCUGGUCCCUCUGCUGCUUUGUCUACUCAAACCCCUGCUGCCUCGGACUGGCAGCUCUCAUCUUCUCUAUCAAGGCCAGGGACCGGAAGGUGGCUGGAGAUCUGGAUGGUGCCCGACACUACGGCUCCACUGCCCGCUGCCUCAACAUCUGGGCCACAAUCCUGGGUUCCAUCAUGAUCCUUAUUCCCAUCAUUAUAUUCAUCAUCAUACUAAAUUCGGUGUACACAGUACACAGCUCAUACAUUCCCUAUUAGAAUUACAAAUACAGAGGCUAAAUUUUCAACAGUGUUAGAGCUGCCUGCUGCUGUGGCUCGGUGAUACUUGUGUUUCUCUGCUUUAUGCUGUCGGCAAAUUCUGUAGCUUUUUUUUUACCUUUUUACUCAUAUCCUCAAGCAAAAAUGACAUGCAUUUUCAUUGGUGUUACAAAAGUCUUGAAUGGAACUCAUCCUUGUUUCCUUAACUGUUGUCCGCAAUUAAAUGUUAAAUACCAGACUUUGUUAUUUAAUUAGUAUUUCCUGUCUGCGAGGCUUGUCAAAGCAAUUGUUUUAAGAGAGCAGUUUCAUUUGUCAAUAAAUUAGUUUCAACUU